GACAGGAAGACACACACACACAUACACGCACACUUACGUACAGUUACAUGCACGCACACACCCGGGAUUUACUGAGAACAAGCAGAAGGCAGGGAGAAAAACCCCCGACGUCCCUUUCCUCGUCCGUUCGUGUAUUUCACAGAGCCAAAUGCCCGGUCCGACACAAGCUCUGUCCCCCAAUGGCGAAAACAACAACGACAUCAUUGCGGACAACGGGACCAACAUCAUUCCCUAUAGGAAGAACACAGUACGCGGCGAGCGCGCCUACAGCUGGGGGAUGGCGGUCAAUGUGUAUUCUACCUCAAUCACUCAGGAGACUAUGAGCAGGCAUGACAUCACUGCAUGGGUGAAUGAUCUGCUCUCUCUGAACUACACUAAAGUAGAGCAGCUCUCGUCAGGAGCGGCGUACUGUCAGUUUAUGGACAUGCUGUUUCCUGGCUGCAUCAGUCUUAAGAAAGUGAAGUUUCAGGCCAAACUGGAGCACGAAUACAUCCACAACUUCAAACUCCUGCAGGCCUCCUUCAAGAGGAUGAACGUCGACAAGAUCAUCCCUGUUGAGAAACUAGUCAAGGGACGAUUUCAGGACAACCUGGACUUCAUUCAGUGGUUCAAGAAGUUCUUUGAUGCCAACUAUGACGGGAAGGAAUACGACCCGGUCCAGGCCAGACAGGGUCAGGAUGCAAUUCCUCCUCCAGAUCCCGGAGAGCAGAUCUUCAACCUGCCGAAAAAAUCCCUCCACGCCGCCAGUUCCCCCACUGCAGGAGCCACUAGAUCAACCACUUCAACCCCUAAAUCCUCCACCUCCACAUCUCGACCCUCCUCUGCUAAAAAGUUCCCAGUGACGACAUCGACCCCCGCUAAAGGAGAGAAAGAGCUGGAAGCCCAAGUAACACAACUAAAUGAACAGCUCAACACAAUAAAGCUGGCCCUGGAAGGUGUGGAGAAGGAGCGGGAUUUUUACUUCGGGAAGCUGCGUGAGGUUGAGCUUUUGUGUCAGGAGCAGGGUCAGGACAACGGGCCGUUCGUGGAGAGACUCAUGGAGGUGUUGUACUCUGCAGAUGACCAGGAGGCCGGUGGGGAAGAGCACGAGGCUCCCGCGCAGGAGGAGGAUGUCCCAGACGACACACAAGAUGAAUACUGAACAGCUGUCAAUCAAACGAGAUAGCCGGACACACGCACUCGGCCAGGGAACUCUUUUGGGUUUUGCAUUUUCAUCCAAAUCGUUACGGUUUAUUUUGCAUUUGCUCUCUUGAUGAAGGACUGAGACGAAUCGGCCAAAUAAUCAAUUAUAUAUUUUGUCCUCGUUACUGUUUUUAUUAUAUAUAAUGUUAUUGUUGCUAUUAUAACAUAUAUAGCAACUUGGUAUUAAUGAAAAUGACACUAAAAUUACUCUGAAAGCUUCCUACACUGUGUUGUAACCAGACACGAGCAAUUCAUCUGAUGCAAAACCACAAAAAAGCUAAUCAGAACACAUUUGAUGUUCUGUUACGUGAAUGAUUUUGAGAUCUUGCAGUGGGCGGAGCUAUCUCGCAUCAUGCCGCAAAAGAGAAACUAAGCUAAAUGUUUAAGAUAACAUUACAAAAGUGUGCAUCUAUUGAUGCUUUGUGUCGUGUCUGGUUAGCACACGCUGCACUGGUUGAAGGAAAGCCCAUCUCAUGUCACGAUUUUACACGAGUAAACUGUAGCAAACGGUCUUUAGGUAGAAACCAUGGUGUUAGCAUGGUAAAAUAGUUUUGCCUGACUUAAAUUUGUGUUUUAAGCAUUGGAGUUUAAUGCAUACUGGCUCUAUGCAUAGGAAUAUAAACUCACGUCACUUAAAUAUCAAUUUUAGCCUCAAGUUUUAUUAUAAUGUAUUUACUAUUUUUUUGGCUCAAUGUGUCUCGACUUCACAGGGGUGGAAACCAAUGACAGUGUUUAUUAGACAGCGUUUUAAUUUUGUACUGUGCAAUCUGUAUUCUGCAUCAAGUCAUUUAUUUUGUAUGUACAGUUAGCAGCCAUCAUCUGAAGAAAACAAUGCAUAUUGAAGUUUUUUUUUUAUGUUGUACUAAAGCACAGGUCUUAGCAGCUCAACAAUAUUCUCUGUGAUCUCUGUCAAUAUUCUCCACAGGUCAAUGCUUAUGUCAUUUAUUAUUGUGUACAAUGAGAAAAGGAAUGUAAACAUAUGUACUGUUAAUAAUUAUAAAUAGACAAAUGUUGUUCUUUUUAUUACCCUCACGGUAUCUCCCCUUAUGCAUUCCCCAGAUGUGUUGCAUGUUUGCAUUUUAUUUGUGAAUAACUUGACCUGCUUUUUACAUAUUUAAUAAAAAAAGUAAUAAAAACACUGUUAAAUGUUUUUUGUAUGAUUAACUUGAUGUUUUACAUUUCUGGAGAUAUGAAUAGACUUGCCCUAAUAAACUCUUCACUUCAAAUGUG